GACACACUCUCUCUGUCGCUCCGAUAAUGUAAUGAAAAUUCUUGAAGAACAAAAAGAGUAUAUACCAGGGCGAUCCUCUUACGAUGAUCAUGUCCCAGUUGUCCUUUUUCCUAAUUAUUUCGAGAAACCCUUUAGAAAAAUUCGCAACAUUCUUCAUUAUAAGAAAGAGAUUGAUUGCCUCUGAGAUUAGCGGCAGGAACGUGUGCUUUUCGGCUCCUGAAUCGAAACCUCCAUAGCUUCUCGAAGAUGCACAAGUGAAAGAGAGACAGCUUUCUUCUUCUUCCUCUGACUUGUUUCUUGGUUUGAGUUCGUGUAAAGCUCAGCUUGAAUCCGGUGAAGGAGCAAAGAUCGAGAAGAAGGAUGAGUAGAAUGGCAGACCAUCUUGCCCUACCGGCGCCUCCCACGUCUCUUACCAUAGCAUUAGCUCUCAGCGGGAGCAAGAAAAGCAAGAACGUCGUCCUGUGGGCGAUCGAGAAGUUUGCUUCUCAACAAGGCAACGUCGAUUUCAGGCUGAUUCAUGUUCAUCCGAAGAUUACCUCUGUACCUACACCAAUGGGGAAUGCAAUUCCCAUCUCGGAGGUGAGAGAUGAUGUAGCAGCUGCAUACAGACAAGAAGUGAAGUGGCAGGCUAUGGAAAUGAUCAAACCUUUCGAGAAAAUAUGUGAGCGGAAAAAGGUUGCAGCAGAGAUUGUCAUGCUCGAAGCCGAUGACGUGGCAGCUGCCUUAGCCGAAGAGAUUAACCGUCAUCUCGUCAACAGACUCGUCAUUGGCGGUUCUUCUCGUAGCUUCUUUUCAAGGAAGAUAGAUUUGUGCUCGACAAUAUCAUCAACAGUACCGAGCUUUUGCACUGUCUAUGUUGUUUCGAAAGGGAAAUUAUCCUCGGUCAGGCCAUCGGAUUCAGAGGGGAAUGCAACUAUCAAAGAUGAUGGCAGUGAGAGAACUGAUUCUUCCAGCAGUUCUUCGGGACAUACCUCGGCUCAAAAUAACGAAUCAUUGGAUGUAAUGGCAAAUACCCUCGAAUCCAAUUCUCGUGCUCUAUCCCUACCAGUAAAGAGAUUGCAGUCAGUCCCGAUGAUAAUAAGAUAUCCAUCUGUUCCGAUGGAGACGAGCUCUGUCGGGUCUGAUGAAACUAGGAGCAUGUCUUUGGAUGCCGAGGAAAUAAAAGACGUGUCUAGCCUCAAUAGGAGCAGCACUGAUACUUCACGUACCGUGAAUUGGACUCCUCGGCUUAAAGAUUUCGAGGAAAGGAAAGAUGCAAUGAGUUCUUCUUCAAGCAACCGUGAAUUCGGUAACGUCGCAAGUAGAUCUAGUUGGACUAGCAUGGUUACCGAUACCCAUUCACGGGUUUCUCAGCAAGCUUCGAACAUGUCGGAUGUCCUGAGCGAACAUUCCUACACGGACAACCAGGUACAUCUGAACUAUGAGAUCGAAAAGCUGAGAGCUGAACUCCGACAUGUUCAAGAAAUGUAUGCAAUGGCUCAAACUGAAACCAUGGAUGCUUCUCGCAAGCUUACCGAGCUUAGUCAGCGUCGUCUAGAAGAAGCCAUAAGGCUUGAAGAGCUAAAGCUGAAGGAACAAGACGCUCAAGAGUUGGCAGAAAAGGAAAAACAGAAGUACGAGCAGGCGAGGAGGGAGGCCGGGAGCGUGAGAGAGAGGGCCGAGAGGGAAGCUGCGCAGAGAAGAGAAGCCGAGAGGAAAGCAGCCCGUGAUGCCAAAGAGAAGGAGAAGCUCGAGAGCGCCCUCGGGGCUUCCGACCUCCAAUACCAACACUUCACCUGGGAAGAAAUAGCGGCCGCCACCUCAUCUUUCUCGGAAGAUUUGAAAAUAGGAAUGGGAGCUUACGGGACAGUUUACAAGUGCAAUCUCCAUCAUACAACUGCAGCUGUCAAAGUUCUGCAUUCCGCCGAGAAUGCCCUGUCCAAACAGUUCCAACAAGAGCUCGAAAUCUUGAGCAAGAUCCGUCACCCGCACUUGCUUCUUCUUCUCGGGGCGUGUCCCGAGCAGGGUUGCCUAGUUUACGAGUACAUGGAAAACGGUAGCUUGGAGGACAGGCUGUUCCAAGUUAACAACAGCCCGCCAAUCCCGUGGUUCGAGCGGGUCAGGAUCGCCUGGGAAGUGGCCUCGGCCCUCGUCUUCCUCCACAAAUCGAAGCCUAAACCGAUCAUCCACCGUGAUCUAAAACCCGCAAACAUCCUACUCGAUCACAACUUCGUCAGCAAAGUAGGAGACGUCGGCCUUUCCACGAUGGUUCAAAUCGACCCUCUCUCGACUAAAUUCACCGUUUACAAGCACACAAGCCCGGUCGGAACGCUGUGCUAUAUCGACCCCGAAUACCAACGGACCGGGAUGAUAUCCUCGAAAUCAGACGUGUAUUCCUUCGGAAUGAUCAUUCUGCAGCUUCUCACCGCAAAACCGGCUAUAGCGCUGACUCAUGUCGUGGAAAGGGCCAUGAGUAACAACAACGAGUUCCUCGGGAUUCUCGAUCAGAAGGCGGGAAACUGGCCAAUCGAGGAAACCCGGGAAUUAACUGCACUGGCAUUGUGUUGUACGGAGCUUCGAAGGAAAGAUAGGCCUGAUCUAAAGGAUCAGAUCUUGCCGGCAUUGGAGGGUCUGAGAAAAGUUGCAGACAAGGCAAGGAAUUCGCUUUCCUCCGUCCCGACACAACCUCCAAGCCAUUUUAUCUGCCCAUUACUCAAGGAUGUGAUGAACGAGCCGUGUGUGGCGGCAGAUGGGUACACAUAUGAUCGUCGAGCGAUAGAGGAAUGGCUCGAACAGAAAGAUACGUCGCCCAUGACGAACUCGCCUUUCCCCAGCAAGAACCUUUUGCCUAACUACACUCUCUACACGGCCAUCAUGGAAUGGAGGUCCAGACUAAAGUAACGAAAGCGUUUUCGCGUUCCCCUGCGAGACUGCGUAGCGUUUACCGCGUAGAUAAACGGCAAGCUUUGCUCGACGAACUUGUUCCCUUUUACUCACUCUUUUUUUUGUUCGUCUUAUUUUUCCAAUGUUCAUUGUUUCCCAAGAAGUGUAUUCAGAGCAGCGAGUUUCGGACCUUUUUUGUUCUCUUUUCGUAUGAAUUUGCUUAAAUCGAAAGGGAAAAAAGAAAAAACAGACAAUGAAAUUUAUUUUAACAUCAGAACGUUACACACAUUUGAUACACACGAAUAUUUAAUUUGUUAAUUUCCUCACGUUAUUUGGUUGAUUUAAAUAUUCGUCAAUUCAUGAGUCUAAACUAAUUAAUAUCUAAUGUCACAACACAAAAUUACCAGAAAGUAAAAAGAAAGAAACCCAUUCAUUGACCACAAAACAAGAACACAUUUAACAUUAUGAUAUUAGCCAUUUACCAGAAAAAAAAA